CAGACCCCUAAGUCCAGGGUUGCUGCUACCAUGGAAGAAAGAACCGGCAGGGCUCCGUUGUAUAGCCAGGACCCAGGCUCUGGUCCAAAUGCUAGCCAAAGCUUUUUUUAUCCCAUGGAUCUUUAUGACUCUGAAGACAGAUUGAGCAUCUUCCCAGAAGAAAAAAUUCGAAUGAGAGAAGUAGCCCAGGAGCCAAAAAAAGUUGAAAGGGGCCCAGAGUUAAGUUCUGCCACUCAAGAGGAAGUAGAAGAGCUAGCCCGGUACUAUGGCCUGGAAGAGGAUAAAGAAUUCGAGGGUGAAACUGAGGCAGGGAGUGUGCUUAGGUCUGGGAUCUCAGAAUACCAGUCAACUCCUUCUCUCAGAUCCCACAAUGUGCCAAAGAGGAGAGACCCAGGGAGAGAAGAUAAAGAUUGGGAAUAUCUGGAGGAAGCAGCAGAUGCAGAAGAUGACAGAUUCCCUGGAUGGGGCUCUCAAGGUCAGUAUCAGGAAUUAAGGGAAGCAUACAGGUACACUCGGGGUCGCUCCAGUGAGGAUUAUGAGUGCUAUGUCAUACCAGAAGAAGAGGAUGAAGAAGAAGCUGCUGAUAUUUUCUGUGUCACCUGCAAAAUUCCAAUCAGAGCUUUUGACAAUCUUUUUGGUGAGCACAAAGAACAUGAGGUGACCCAGCUUAACACCGCAGCAGAAAAUGCCCGGGACGAAAUUCAUAAAAACAUGUUCAAAUUGGAGGAACAGAUUAUUCAAAUGGAAAACUUUGCAAGUCAUUUGGAGGAAGUUUUCAUCACGAUAGAGGAGAAUUUUGGAAGACAGGAACAGAACUUUGAGUUGCACUAUAAUGAGAUCUUGGAAACUCUUGCUCAGAAGUAUGAAGAAAAAAUGCAAGCUUUAGGAGAAAAGAAGAGAGAGAAACUAGAAGCAUUGUAUGGACAGCUGGUCAGUUGUGGUGAAAACCUUGACACUUGUAAAGAACUGAUGGAAACCAUUGAGGAAAUCUGCCAUGAGGAGAAGGUUGAGUUCAUAAAGGAUGCAGUAACUAUGGCUGACAGACUUGGAGAAUUUCUGAAAACCAAAACAGAUGUAGAGCUUUCCACUCAUCCAGAUUUUGAAGACCAAACCAUCGAUUUUUCUGAUGUUGAGCAGCUGAUGGAUUCUAUUAAUGCCAUCCCAGCUCCUUGUGCUCCAGUGAUCAAUACACAAACUCCAAACUCAGCUACUGGGACGUCAGUAAAGGUGUGCUGGAGUCUGUUCUCUGAUGACACAGUAGAAAGCUAUCAGCUAUCUUAUAAACCUGUCAGUGAUGGGGCACCAACUGAGGAGCAAAAAGAGUUUUCAGUGAAUGUCAAAGAAUCCCAUUACUCUGUGGCCAACCUUGUGCCUAAUACCCAAUAUGAAUUUUGGGUCACAGCUUCGAAUAGCACUGGCGUCAGCCCACCAAGCGAGCGAGCCGUGUAUGUGACAGCUCCUUCACCUCCCAUUAUCAAAAGCAAAGAGAUCCUGAGCUGUGAACAUGCUGCCCUAGUGUGCUGGGAAUCUGGAAACAUGAAUCCUGUGGACUCCUACACUAUUGAACUGUCUAAAGUGGACAAUGAAGACUCAGGGAAUGUUGUUACAGAGUCUAUAGUAGGAAUUCCUACCUGUGAAUCUCUCAUUCAACUGCAACCUGGAGAAAGCUACCUAGUCUAUGUGAGAGCCAUCAAUGUGGGAGGCCCUAGUGAAAGAAGUGAGCCUGCUACUAUACACACUACAGGUACCUACUUUCACCUUAAUAAGGACACGAGCCAUCCUUUGCUGUCCAUUUUAGAAGAUGGGUUUACAGUUGUUCGUGGUAAAGGAGAAAAGUCAGCAAGAGAGCCCCUUGAUAGUGACACCAGGUUUACUAGAUGUGUUGCUGUCAUGGGAAGCCUGAUACCUAUUAAAGGAAGGCAUUAUUGGGAGGUGGAAGUUGAUGAACAGAUGGACUACAAGGUUGGCGUGGCAUUUCAAGAUAUGAGCAGGCAUGGAGAGCUUGGGGCCGACAGCUCUUCUUGGUGCAUGAGUCAUACUUUCACAUCAUCAAGGCAUAAAUAUGAAUUUUUGCACAAUGGGGCUACACCAGAGAUCCAGAUUACAGUUCCCCCAAAGAAGAUUGGAAUCCUAUUUGACUAUGACAGCUAUAGAUUAUCAUUUUUUAAUGUGGAUAUUGCACAGCACCUUUAUACAUUCAGCUAUCCGCUUCAACAUUUUGUACAACCCUGUUUUUCUUUGGAAAAGCCUGGGAUGUUAAGAGUAUGUAUUGGAAUUUCAAUGCCAAAGUUUGCCACACUCUUCUAGACUAGAUUGGUGUCUAAUGUUAAGUUCAAUUCUAGGAAAAAAAUGUGAGGUUGGCAAAAAUGGUCCUUGAUGUCCCCUAUUUCCCCUUUUGUUUUCCUUUUUUUUUUCUACUUUACUCCCUGGGACCCCACCUCCCAAAACUCAGAUGUUCUCAUGCUGGCCUUUCCAGUUACAUUACAAAACUUGAUUAUUCAUAAAACCAUAGGAUUAGAGUUGGAAAGGAUCUUAGAAGUCUAGAUCUAGUCUAACCUCUUCAUCUGACAAAGGAAACUGAGGCCUACAGAGAGAUGUAGUGACUUGUCUAACGUUGAUAAUAAGUAGAACUGUCCAGUUCAGGAUUUCUUUCAGGGCACCAUAUUAAACCAAGUCAUAUUCCUAGAAAUAUGAGAGUUUUAAGAGAAGUUGAAAUGAAUCCCAUAAUAAUAAUAAUAUCCAGGGGAGUGAGAUAUUUUUAGGACUCCUUAUGAACCCACAAUCACACCAAUUAGCUGGCUCAGCUUCUUAGAGUACAACAGAACAUGCCACAACUUGA